AUGGACCGCUUCAAGGAAAGCAAACAAGCCGGCCGCAGACUACUUGUCAAUUACAUUGAUGCCAUAGCUGUUGAGAAUCCCACCAAAGUUGUCUUCACACAGAUCAUCUCCUUCGACCCGCCUGUCCAGUUUGAGGUCACUUAUCAGGCACUGUCGAACAUCAUAAAUUGUCAGGCCUGGCAGUUGACGGAGAGUCUGCAUGGAAAAGCUAGAAACACCACCAUCGCCUACAUAGGCCCCAGCGACGCCAGGCAUCUUAUCUUGUCUCUUGCGGCAGUGAAGGCCGGAUCUAGGCUCUUGCUGUUAUCCCCUCGAAACAGUGUCGCAAUCCAUGAGCAUCUUAUCAAGGAGACUCAAAGCUCUGGUAUCCUAUAUGACUCCUCGUUCUCGACAACUGUCUCAGAAAUGACUGCGCUUGGGCAGUUAACUGCGGUCCAAGCUCCGGAGCUUGUAGAUCUUCUUUCAGACACAACCAUCGUUAACGAAUAUCCGUACUGGGAUACGUUCCAAGAUGCAUCAGACAAGCCACUCGUGCUCUUUCACACCAGCGGAUCUACAGGAAUGCCCAAGCCAGUAACCUUUGUUCAUGCUGCUAUGGCUUCCGCCGACAACUUCCGGGACCUGUAUUCGAAGGUCUCGUACCGUGUGAGCGCCCAAAAGGUUAUUGAUGCUGCACAAGGCUUCUACAAUGGGUGUCCCCUUUUCCACCUUGCUGGCUACGUUGUGGGAUUCUUUGCGGUCUUUAGUGGCUGCGUUGUGGUAAUACCACCUCCGAACCAGCCCUCUAGCCCUCAGAUGUUCAAGCAAGUCAUGCAUGCCACGCAUGUCGAGGGCGCGUUGCUACCGCCACUUGUAGUUGACCAGAUUGCUCAAGACCCAGCCAUGGUCGAGGAAGUCGCUAAGCUCAAGUUCAUCACAUUCGGGGGCGGUAAGUGUUUUACGAAACAGAAUAUCACCGUCAGUAGGGUGCUGACAGAAGUAGGCUCUUUAAGCCGAGCAGCUGGAGACUUGCUCGCGAAAAAGACCCACAUGCUCAAUGUUCUCGGUAGUAGCGAGUGUGGUACUUUCGGUGUGUUCAUGACCGAACCGGAACACUGGGACUGGUUUCAUUUUGCCGAGGAGGAAAUGGGGAUCGAGUGGGAGCCUAUUGACAAGGACACCGACAAGCCAGAGCUUUUCGAGUUGGUCCUCCGCCGCCGCGAUCUUCCACAGAGACAGGCAGUUUUUGCCAACUUCCCAGACCUGGACGAGUGGCACACAAAGGACAUCUUCUUGCGCCACCCAACGAUCCCAUACUACUACAAGUACCAAAGCAGGAAGGACGACGUGAUUGUCUUCUCCACCGGCGAAAAGACGAACCCAAUCGACGUUGAAGCAGCAAUCACUUCUCUUCCUGGGGUGGAAGCAAGCAUAGUGGUCGGGCAUAAACGACAGUAUCCAAUUCUAUUGGUUGAGCUGGCAGAUUCCGCGACUGCGGACGAGACCCUGCCUCGCAUACACAAAGCGUUGGAAGAGCUUAACAAGCUGAGCAUGAAAUAUGCCCAGAUCCACCGGGGUGACGUCCUCAUUGUCCCAUCAGAGAAGCCUUUUGUUCGAACCCCCAAAGGGACAAUCAAUCGCAGCCAGACCAAUAAGCUGUAUGCAGAAGAGAUUCAAGCCCAGUAUGAUUCGGCCACAGAUAUCCCAGAUCAAGCGCUCCAAACGAAGCUUGACCCGUCAACUGACGAAACCCUUGCGAAGACCAUUGCAGACAUGGUUGGUGACCUCACAGGAGUUAAAGACCUCGGCAUCAAUGACGACUUCUUCGCGAGUGGUUUGGACUCGCGUCAGGUGCAGAUACUUGCAGCAGCACUGACCCGGUCCCUACCGGAGCAGAAUGAUAUACUGUUUAUCCGGAAUGCAGUGUACAUGAAUCCAACUGCCAGUGGACUUGUGGAUCAUAUCCGCCGUAAUGCCGCGGAAGAUGUAUCGGCAACACUUGAUGCGCUAUUUGACAAGUAUGACGCUCUUCCGCCCUAUCAUCAAGUAACUAACAGCGACAGGUAUUCUUCACUGCUACCCCAGCCGGCAAAAGCAACGCCGCCAAGCGCCAGAAAGGAUGCCCACCACAUCCUGUUGACAGGAAACACCGGCUUCGUCGGCGGCUUCAUCCUCCAGUGCCUCCUACAACGCUCAGUCGUCACCGAGAUUACCUGCAUCAACCGUAGACUCCCCGAUGCUAAUUCGGCUUCAAACCCAGCCAUAGUAGUCAAUCACUUCAAAGGCGACCUCUCACAGCCCUUCUUCGGUCUUCAUAAAGACGCCUAUGCACAUCUCGUCUCUUCCGUUACGGAGGUGAUUCACUGCCAAUGGCCGGUCACCUUCAACCUCCCCCUUGCGCUCUUCGAGCCUCAGAUUGCCGGCAUUGCAAACCUAGUCCAGAUGGCGUACGACUCGCCGCAAGACGCACGCAUCAUUUUCCUCUCCUCCAUCGCCACCAUCCAGGGCUGGGACCAGGGCACGCCUGUUCCAGAGGCGCCGCUCAACUCACUGCAAUAUGCCCAGGGCGGAUAUGGACAGAGCAAGAUGCUCGCCAGCAAAUUGCUCGGCCAGGCGACUACCACAAGUGGUGUUCCCUGUGCAGUCUGCCGAGUCGGCCAAGUCGGCGGACCAAUCAAUGCGGACGGUAAAUGGCCCGAGCGAGACUGGUUCCCGACGCUCCUGCGCGCGUCUGAAAUUAUGGGUGUCCUCCCCAAGUCCAUAGGACACUUCGAUGAUGUCGACUGGCUCCCAGUUGAUUCCCUGUCCGAGGCGCUCGUCACGCUAGCACUCGACUUGGAUGAUCUGAACUCAGCGAAGACAGGACCCGCUGUCGACGGAGGAGCAGCAUACUACCACUUCACGAACCCCUCUGUCUCUCCAUACCCAGACCUCGCCCCGGUCCUCGCACGCCGCCUGGCGAAGUCUAACCCAAACCUCGAACUCGUCGACACCCUGCUCGAGUGGACGGAGCGCCUUGCUGCAUGGACCCCCGCGAGUAGCGGCGCUGAUACUGACGCCGAGAGAUCCAAGAAAGUCGAGUCAUCCAUGGCUGCCGCAACGGCUCUCCUGGAGUUCUACCAGGGCCUGGCAAGGAACCUGGAUCAGCCGAAUGUGAUGCUUGAUACGGCGUUGACGGCGGAGAGAAUCCCUUCUUUGAAGAGCGUGGGUGCGGUGAGUGAGGCUUGGAUUGAACUUUGGUUGGAUCAGUGGGGGUUUGGGAAGUAG